CCGGGCGGAGGGGCUGGGGGUUGCCGGGCUCCUGUGGCGGGACGUUCCGCGGGCGCUGCUCUUCGCGCAGCCCAACUCGGUGUCUCGGCGCGGCGGCUUUUGGGAUGAGUCCCAGUGCUGCGCUGCAGGAGGAAUACCGCCGCUGCUUGGAGAGGGAUUUCCGCAGAGGUCACUCGGGGGUAUGUGCGGACUCAUCUCUGAAACAGAAGCUGUGGCGCCAGCUGUUGGAGGACCCGGAGCUGCACUGGGCGCUGCAAGGGGAAGAUACCUUUGCCAUGCUUGCGGGGGCCCUGCGGGGGCAGCUGGACCUGGGGGCGGCCCUCCAGAAUCUCUCCAGGGCCUUCGAGGUGCUGGAGCUGGCAGCCAUCAAUCUGUACUUCUUCCCCUGGCGCAAAGAAUUCAGCACCAUAAAAACCUUCUCUGGAGUUUACGUGCACGUUCUCCAAGGAGUCCUCUCCGAGGCUGACAUUACCAAGAGCUUCCACCGGAUGGGCUAUGUCCAGAAAGACCACCUCCACCUGGUGAUUUCCCAGCUGCCGCCGGGGGCUGGCCUGCUCCGCGUUGCUUGCAGCUUCUUUGCGGCCCAGGUGGAGUGCCAGAUCCUGGGCAAGAUUGUGGAGGAGCUGGAGCCUUGCCAAAUCUUCUCUGAAGAGCUGCUGCAGGCCCGGAGGGAGGCCCGGGGCGGCCUGGAGGGCUGCGUGGCCAAGCUGCAGAGCCUGGCGCACUGGCCCAGGGGCAACGACUUCUGCGUGGAGCCGGCUGAUGGGGUGGACCUGUACAGGGAGAGCCCCGAGGGACUGGAGCCCUAUUGCGAGCCGGCGGGAGCCAGGCCCCCGCCUCAGCAUCAGCCUCCCCACUACGAGCACCUCAGCAGCCCCAGGCUGAGGAGCAAAGAGCUGCGUGCCAGGAGCCCCCAGUGCCCGUCGGAGGGCAGGAGCCAGCUGUGGGGCCCUGGCCAGGAGCAGCCCUAUGGGAAUGGGCUCGUGACCCCCGAGGGGCCUGACCUGGAGACCUCCUUCUCUUUCAUCUCCUUGAGGCGGGAGCUCAGCAAGUCGAGUGACACGGAUUACCCCACGCAGCCGGGAAGCUGGUUCUUGUCGCCCAGUCCCCGCUAUGAUAGUCCCAGCCCGCAGCCGCAUGGUGCAAACAGCCCGGCUCCUCCUCCUGCCAGGCAGCUGCGGAGCCCCCAGUUGAGUCCCGUGGGCCUGCGGCGAGCGCAAGGGCUGGGCUCAGGGGUGGCGGGGCCAGAGCCCGCCCGCUACCAUCUGCACUCGUGCCUGCUCCCAGGGGCCCUCCCUUUGUCCUGCUGCGGCAGCUGCCGGUUGCUGCACGGCAACAUCUGCGACAUGGCCCAGCACUGUCGCAGCUCCCAUCACGUCGAAGAGUUGCAGAGCGAGAAGCAGCAGCGCCUCUGGCUGCAGCGGACAGAGGUGGACAAGCUGUUGCAAGAGGGGGAUGGGUAGGGCCGGGGGCAGCAGUGGGAGAGGGGGCGCAGCCACUCCCCUGGGGGUUUGGAUGCCUCAUCUGCCCACCUGGGGCAGCACCCACUAAACUUGCUUUUCACCUCUUCUGCGAGACUCUUUCUCUCUUCUCCCCGCUUCUCAUCCAGGGGCGAGAGCACGUCUCCCACCUCUCAGUUUGAAAAUGCGUGGAAGGAGAAGAGCAGGCAGUGGGAGGCGGGCAGGCGGGCGGUAGUUUCUUUGGGUGAAUUUGCUUUUCCUUUUCCACGUGUGCCAAAAUCUGGUGCUUCACACACUGAGAACGCAGCAGAGAGAGGGAGAGUUGUGGGGCCAUCUGCUGUGCUGGACCCCUGCAGACCGACGAGCCCUGCCUGCUGCCCCACACAGCAGCCCUACGUGGCUUCGACCUGUAUGCGUGGAAGGGCUGAAGGUGCCACGAGGUUAACCGGCAGGCACUGACCGUCUGCCUGCUUCUGCUAAUGGACCUUCCCCUAAGUUGGGGGAGGGUGUUCUUUGCAUGGGCUGUAGGCUGAUGACUUUUAAAACAGGGCCACGGGGGAACAAGCCCCCUCCGUUUGCUCUGUCUCGUGUGUCUGGCAGCACCUACAGUGUGAAAUACACAAAGUAGGAAAAGGUGGAUUCUCUAGCUAUUCCCCCCCCCCCCACACACACACACACACACUCCCGCCACACACACUGUGUGGGCCAGGGGAAAGAGUCCGCAAAAGGAUUUUGGUCUUGGGCCAAAAUUUCCACUGGGAAAGAGUCCAGUUAGAUAACUGAGUGUUUCCCCACCCGGUCUAUCAGCAAAUGGGAAGGCCAGGUGAGUCAAGAGUCAGUUGGCUGCUUUCAAGACUGGAAGGGCCAGAAGGUCACACACAGUCCAAGGAAGACUUUCAGUCUCACACAGAAAGCCUGAGAAUCUGGCACCAGAUGUGACGUUCCUGCCGUCUGAAAACAAUCCCGUUCCCUUCGGCCCAGAAAAUAUGUUGUGAACAGGCAGGCAAAGAGAUGGGUGUCAAGUGGGUGGCUUUUCACCACUCGCAUUGGUUGCUGAGCAACAGAGCAGGCAGCAAAGGGACCUUGUCAGUGUUGGUAGUUUCAACCCUGUUGAUUUGGACAGGUCAGUGACAUUGUGGAGGGCUGCUAUAGCUGGGAUGGUGGCAGGAAAAGGGCCUUUGACACACACACCCCCGACUCUCAGCUCCUCCCCACCCAAGCAGAGCCUCCUGCAGGCACAAAGCCCCAGAUCCCAUCUUGUGUAGGCAGAAAUGCAAUGACUGGGUGGGAGGAAGGUGCAGAGGGAGGCUGUUUGUUCAGCUAUUUAUGGAACGGCCUCCUUGGCAGCCAAAUUCUGUUUCUCCAGCGGUGCAACAAGCUUCACGCGCACCACUUCGCGUGCGCCACUUGCAGGAAGCAGCAGAAGUCUCGGUAGGGAUUCCGUUAUCUUUCGUGCAGAACUAUGGGGGGAAAGGACUGCAAAGUCUGCUGCUGGAUGGUCCUCCUUUCUCCUGGGCAGGAUGGCUGCCGUGGGUUGAGUCAGGUCCCCAGCUGGCACUCAGUGGGGCGCUUUGAGGAGCUCUGAGAGAGCAUUUCUGGGAACUUGCCCUGCUGCUGAGGGCCGCUCCCUGUCUGGCUUCUGCCGGGCCCUGGCCUGGCUCCCGUGCCUCUUGCCGACUGGCCUUGAUUAUCAGCGCUAGACUUAUUUGCCAGUGCUGGGACCGUUUUUGUCAGCACUCGGUAUUUCCCAGUCGUUCUCAAUAUGGAAAGUUUACUUGUGAAUAGCAAGUAUGUGUCUCGAUGCCAUGAUUCUGGUCGAGCAGCAAAAGCCACUACCUGGGGGAAGGUGGAGCGUGGGGGGGGGGGGGGAUGUGAGCGUGUGAUCAGGAUUCAGCUGCCAGAAAUAUUGUGAGUGUCUAGCCCAUAUUUUUGCAAAGAGCUGUUGAAAUUGACAUGUAGGCAACAUCUAACGAAAUUAAUAAAACCUCUAUGAGAAGCGCUA